ACGCACACACACACACACGCACACGCACACGCACAUGCACAUGCACACGCACACGCACACGCACACGCACACGCACACGCACACGCACACGCACACGCACACGCACACGCACACGCACACGCAGCAUGACAGCUAUACUACGUAUCCGCAGCUGCAGCAGUCAAUAUACCUCUUUUUUUGUCUUAUCACAGAGCAGCACACAGAAGAGCACAUACACGUCUGUAUACAUCUGUGUACAGAGACGCGGCGUGUCGUGCACACAUGUACUAUUAGACACGCCUUUGCAGAAAGUAUAAGGACACGCCUGACAAGAUAUACGUGCUCUGCUCAGCACACAGAAGAGCACAUACACGUCUGUAUACAUCUGUGUACAGAGACGCGGCGUGUCGUGCACACAUGUACUAUUAGUACACAUCUCCUAAACGUUCAUCUUCAACGGCGCACUGCCCAAAAAGAUACGCCGCUUGACAUGCUUAUAAUUAUAAGGUUGGGAGGAAAGUCGUGGGGGUGGGGAGACGGUGGAGGUAUAGUAGCGAGACGGUGGAGGACGUGGUGGAGAGACACAGAUACGCCGAUACGGAGAGGACGGAGAGGGUUUGGUGAUAUUUCUGGGAAUGGACACAGAGCGACACAGAGUGACCGACAGCAGGACAGCAGGAGGGGGACGGACUCUGACACAGAGAGAUUGUUCGUGAUGUAA